GAAGAAACGAGGGGCUGCGGCGCGUGCUGAAAAUCCCCACCAUUUCUUUCUCUCUCUCUUCCUCUCUUCCCUUUCACAACUUUCGCUCCCUCUCGCGCACGGGCGCCCUUCUCCCUUCUCGCUCCAACCCCGCGAUUCAACUCGGCGCGGCACGGCAAAAUGCUGAAACGUAACCCAUCUAUCGAUGUCCGCGCUCAUUCUCGAAGCGGACGCCAUGUAGUGCAUACCACGGAGGCAUGAUCGGCGAACAGAGGUGCUGGUGAUACGCGAUCGUGAAGAUCUCCCUUCCAGCGACGGUAAACGCGAGCUUCCAGCUAGUCCCAGGGGUCUUUGUACUCUUAAGGGCACCCUCGAUAUUUCCGUUCCGUUACCGCUCCGUUUCGUAAAUCAACGUGGACCAGAUUGUUCGCCACACGAUCCAUGUGGAUCGUCGUAAGUGAAGAGUGAAGAGUAGUGAUGAAUGAAGAUUUUCAAUCGAACGGAUUACUUGAGUGCGUGUAGUUGAAGUUUCAAGAGAAUCUUCUUCUCGUAUAUAUUGGACAUCAAAAAUGUCUUUUUAUAGAAAAAAAAUACGUGUUAAAUGUGUUUCGUGUGUGCCGGCGACUUAAAAUACAAAACAGAUCGAUCCUGACAAAUCUACAUUAAUAUUACACCGUGCCAAAAUAAUUCAAACACAAAUUACGGAGCUAUAUACUGUUUGUUUGGGAACAUUAGAUCAAUAUUGAUCUCUAAUUAUUUGAAUGUCUACGGUGUGUUCAACAAUUUACAGUGGAUGACAUAGUGACUACUGCGAUUUCGAGGUCGAAAGCUGGAUUGUAAUUCAAUAUUUGUGUCCAUCGUAAGUGCAACAUGCAGUACAUCGAUCAACGUUCUAAUAAAGAAGAAAAGUGCGCUAAUCGAUAACAUUGCGCGAAAAAAUAUCAAUGAGAGACACAUGAACGGAUAAAAUAUCAAAAUCUAAAUGUCUCCAAUUUUUCUCUCUCUUCAGUUUCCUAUUUCAUAACGACUGUUAUUAUUCAUCUGUAUAAACAUUUGAUGAUCAAACGUGUGUUGUGUAUGAAAUCGUCAAACGAUUUGUGUUCAUGGCAAACAUUAGAGAGUAUUUUCAUCAAGCGUCACCUUGAUCUUCGCUUGGAACAAUAUCGCGGUCGACUUCGCUGAUAGUUCACACAUUCUAAGGCCUUACGUUGAUUCGUGUCACCGAAAAGAACUCGUUGAAACGAGCACAAUGGCGACCAUGGGGGUAACGGUGUUUUGCAAUAGAGUACAGAUAAACGGCAACGAUCAAGAACAAUUGAUGUUGCUGCGAACGUUACAAGAUAACGAGAACAAUAUCAUCGGUAAUCAACCAACGUUGAUAGUCCCGAAAAACAACACCAGCAGUAACGCAACAAAUUCCACGACAGUGUUACCCCCGUACGAUCCCUCCAGAUUGAAGAAGCACGGCAAGAAUGGACAACCACCGCCUGUUGCUGUUGCUCGAAGAAAUGCCAGGGAGAGGAAUCGCGUGAAACAAGUGAACAAUGGAUUUGCCACAUUGCGACAACACAUUCCGAGCCACAUUGCCGCGGGUUAUGGUGACAGGGGUAAAAAGUUGUCGAAGGUAGAGACUCUCAGGAUGGCAGUGGAGUACAUCAGAGGCCUUCAGAGGCUCCUGGCCGAAGCCGAUGGCGUGGAAUAUGAUUCCAAGACUGCUGUCGGUGUACAAUGCGCGCCUUCUCCGACCAGCAGCGUCAUCUCUUCGACUCACAAUGGCUCUGGCGAGAGACUUGUUCUCGAGGAUGAUGUACUAGCCGCGGAAGACAACGAGGGGGAACAUGUGGAUGAAGAAGAAGAUGAAAGUGCUACCAAAUCGAAAAUUACAUUAUCCAGAUUAUCCCCCAAUCGGACAGCUAUUCCAUCCCCACGUGACUACUACGCAUCCUCGGCAGGCGAUGAAGAAAACUUGGAACCGCGAACUAUGACCGGUGGACAGAAUUUCUCCAGACUAUCGCCAAAUUCGGUGGCCUCGCCGCCCUCGGAGUAUUAUGCUCAGAACGAGGAGAAUCUGGAGCCGCAGAUUCUGUCACCCUACAGCGGUGCUGGGGACAGCGAAGAGGGUGCGACGACCGUCUACGCGACCAGCCCGGAAACCUUCGCCGGGGCCCUCUACUACAAGCAAGAGAUCACCGAGACGGGAGAAUUCAUGGAUGUCGUCAGCUGGUGGGAACAAGAACAGGGAAGACUCGUCCAUCAACAACACACGCAACGGCUGACGCACGUGUAACCAUAGUUACAGGUUUCAAUUAGGAUAGAUCAAUAUUUGCAACAAAAUUCGAAGCCUACUAUAUAUAAUAUAAUACGCCUCGAUCGAAUUUCGCAUGAUCUCACUAGACCUGGAUGAGAAGAUCCUCUCAACAAUCUAUCGACACGAUAUCAUAAACACGAGUGUGUGUAUUGUGGUUGAUAACAAAAGUUGGAAAAUCGUACUUACUGUUGUGAAUACUUGUCCGCUGAGCAGAUCUGUUCAUUAUUAUACCUCGUCUUUCGGAUUAUCAACAGAAUGUAAAGAAUGUAUCUUAAUUUAACAUUUUUAUUUAAUUAGAAUAGAUUUAUUAAAAACAAAUUAAAUCUCGAUAUUACGUCGCCUUACCUCAUAUUUAUGAACGGUUGCUUAUUUUCAUUGCAGUGUACCUUAAAUCUUCUUUAAGCUUUGAA